AAGACAUCCAGGCCGGACGUGCUCCUUGGUCAGCAUCCUCCCUCCAAGCCGCCAAGGACCCGGGACCCAUGUCUCUAAGGGUCUCGGUCUUCCUGUGAGAGGCUCUCGCUGCCUCUCUGGCCCUCGGCCUCUGGGCCUGACGCAGCCUCCUUCUCUCUCACUUUCUUUCUGUUUUUUGCCAGAACCCAAAGCCCGGGUCCCCAGAAUGCUCCUCCUGCUGACCGCACUUCAGAUCUGGGCUCUAGCCGGGGUCCAGAGCCAAGAGGAUGAGAACAAAAUAAUUGGCGGCUACUCCUGCAUCCAGCACUCCCAGCCGUGGCAGGCAGCCCUGCUGGCCGGCCCCGCCCGUCGCUUGCAUUGCGGAGGGGCCCUGCUGUCAGAACACUGGGCCAUCACCGCCGCCCACUGCUCCCGCCCGAUCCUGCGGGUCGCUCUGGGCAAACACAACCUGAAGAAGCGGGAGGCCACCCAGCAGGUGCUGCGCGUGGCCCGACAGGUGCCCCAUCCCCAGUACAACCCCCGGACCCACGACAACGACCUGAUGCUGCUGCGGCUGGAGCGGCCGGCCCGGCUGGGGAGCGCGGUCAGGCCCAUCCCCGUGGCCCGGACCUGCGCCGGCCCACAGACACCCUGCCGCGUGUCCGGCUGGGGCACCACGUCCAGCCCCAUCGCCAGGUACCCCAACGCUCUGCAGUGCGUGAACAUCAGCAUCACCUCCCGGCAGCAAUGUCAGCAGGCCUACUCCGGCGCCAUCACCGACGGCAUGGUCUGUGCGGGAACCCCGGAAGGCGGGAAGGACUCUUGUCAG